AUGGGUUUUAAAGAGCUGAGGGCUUUUAACCUAGCAAUGUUGGGUAAACAGGCAUGGCGAUUUUUAACAGACCCAGAAACACCCGUAGCUAAAAUCUAUAAGGCAAGGUAUUACCCCACAACCAGUUUUACAGAUGCAACUAUUGGUAACUGCCCAAGUUACUGUUGGAGAAGUAUAAUGGCAGCCCAUGCAAUGGUAGUCUCAGGGGUGCGAAGGAGGAUUGGGAAUGGACAGACAACUUUAAUAUGGGGGCACCCGUGGUUACGGGAUAAUCCUAGCCCAUUGAUUCAAACAGAAAUGCCACAGCAAUUGAGAGAGGCACGAGUUGCAGGACUAAUUGAUUUACAGACUCAUACCUGGGAUCCGCAUAUUUUGUCUGAUUUAUUUAAUCCUGAGGAUGUAGAGCGAAUAAAUAUGAUCCCUGUUAGUCUUGAGUAUGAGGACUCAUGGUAUUGGAUGAGUGACCCAAAGGGGAUAUAUACAGUAAAAAAUGCCUAUAGGCAUAUUGUGGACUCGUUUACAUCAUGGCUAAAAGGGGCUAUGGCGGCCCUGACGGAGGAACAGACCCGGUUAAUGAUAGCAGUAUUAUAUUAUAUUUGGAGAACCCGGAAUUCAGCUAUCUGGAAGGGAUCAAUGAUGCGGCCUACCCAAUUGGUCAGAGCAGCCACCGUAGCACUGCAGGCGUACGGCGCUGCCCAUGUCCGCCGAACCGACCCGGCACUGGCGACGGACCACUUGAACGGUCCAGGGGAGGGUGGUCUACGAUGUUAUGUGGAUGCGGGUUUCCGGCACGAUACGGGCGAGGCUACUUACGGCAUGAUUAUUAUAGCACCAGAUGGCUCGUUUGUGGCAGCAAGGAAUGACAAGUUACCAAUUUGUUCUUCACCACUUAUGGCGGAGGCCCAGGCAUACAAGGAGGCUUUGUCCUGGCUACUUGAGCGGGACAACAUAUCAGUAAGUUUACUCACGGAUUGCAUGGAAUUGGCUGCGAUAAUCAGGCACCAUCACACGCCGAUCCACUCGUACGUUGGGGUCACAGUUGACCAGUGCAGAACGUUUAUGUCGUUGUUUAAUCGUAUUACUUUGGAUUACAUCUCUAGGCAGGAGAAUAGCCAGAUUGAAGACACUUGGCAGCUUCUCAGCACCUCAGCAGUUAGAUCAGCAGUUAGGACUGUAGCAUUGAAUCUGUUAUGA